GCCCGGCCGGGCCAGGGGAGGCUCAGAUUCAAGGAGGAGACGGAGCCGAGCGCUGCCGGAAGCGUCUAAGCGACAGCAGUGGCGCUAGCCCGGGGGAGCCCGCAAUGCCCUGGAGGGACUGUGUGAGCAGCUGACAGCACCUCAGAAGCGCUGCUGUACCCGCCGCCCGCUUUGCUCCGCGGCCGGGCCAGACUCAAGGGGGCCGGCUCCUGCGAGAACAAACUUCCCCUGGGAGGAGAGGGGAACGCGCUUUCCUGGCUGCACGUUCCCCUCUGCUCCCCCCCAAGCCUGCUCUCUGCUCAGCCUCGCCUGCCCUCUCCGCCCCUUGGCAGCGGGGCUGCUGCUGCCAUGGGGCUGCCCACUCUGGAGUUCAGCGAUUCCUACUUGGACAGCCCGGAUUUCAGAGAGCGUCUGCAGUGUCACGAGAUUGAGCUGGAGAGGACCAACAAGUUCAUCAAGGAGCUGAUCAAGGACGGCAGCCUGCUCAUCGGGGCCCUCCGGAAUUUGGCAUCCAAAAUCUCCCACAGAUUCAACUUCCAGGAGCUUGAGGAUUACUCCUCAAAUGCAAAUAUGGCAGAGAAGAAUGUGUCCUCUUCUUUCAUAGAAGAUACAUGCAGACAGAGCUGGACCACGGUUUCCUGGGUACCUGGGUCGAAGCAAGAAAAAGGACCAUGUAAUUUAGGAGCAGCCACUGUUUGGUAAAACAAGAAUUGCAUGGAGCAGGACUGCUUGGAAAACGAAAUUACCAUUUAAGGGAAACAAGUUAUCUGCAUCUCCAGCGGAGGACCAAACACAGUAAUGAUGAAUGAGUAAAUUAUAGGUCUCCUCUGUGCUGGGGAUUUGCCUCAGUUACAAUUAUGGCCAUUGGUGGCCAGACUUUUAAUAUAUACGCCUAAUGUACACUAGCUAAACUGUAAUUCUUACCAUUGUGGCUAAUUGGCUUCAAGCAGAGAUGAGUUGUGUCCCGUCAAAUUGCUGCUUAUAGCAGUCUUGUCUCUCUGUGCUGGGGGUUUGCACUGAUGGUAUUUGAAAUCCCCAGCUAAUCAAGGCCUUGCUUGGCAGGUAGUCUCUGGCUGAGAUAAGACAAUUGAGAAAACUUAUGGUGUUUUUUGUAUUCUCUUCUCCCCUGCCCCCAUCCGCACUGGACCAGAAGCAUUUAUUUUUUUCAGAUAAAAUGUGGGAGGCACUCUCCUGUUUACUGAUUUGGAAACUAUUGGCUUAAAGCUCUGAUAUUUGGGGACUAAGGACAUCUUUCUUCAAAGACUAAAUUGGCUCAUAAAUUGCUAGCAAGUGUGCUGGUGACUUACUGUUCUGGAAAAAGAUUGCUCUAAGCACACAGUUAAUGUUAAAAAUUAAUUUAAAAAAGUCCCUAGUUGUCUAUUUGCCCUGUUAAAAUAUUCAAGGUAGUCAUGCAGCUCUAUGAAAAGAAUAUUUUCACUAGUGCAUGAAGAAAUACUUUAGUUAGACUUCAGAGUCCAUCAAGUAAAAUUACUUGUAAGGGUUGCAAGUAGGGAAGGAUUUGGAAGCUGUCCUCUGGGGAAUUUUGAAACAACUAGGUCUCCAGCUACAGUGAAGCUUUACUGGAGGAAAUGUGUAAAAUUCCUUAUCUUUGGGAAGGAACAGAAGUCAUAAAACUGAAAAACAAAGUACAAGUCUUUUUGUAUAGUUGAAUCUGCAAUGUACAAAGGGAAUAUAUGUAAAACCAACUUGUUUGUAUAAAAUAUAUAUGUCCAAAUACAUAAAAUAGUGUCAAGUUUAUUCUCUCAGAUAUGAUCGAUGCAAGUUAUUUAGCAUGUUUCAGUUUGUAUGGAAAUUAUGCCUGUUUAUCAUAGUGAGAGAUGUGUGAAAAGUAGUGCUUCUUUGUGGAAAAUUAGAGAAGACUUGACAUGCUCUGUGGGAGAACUUACUGCUUCUAAGAACCCCUGUCUGGUUGGUGACAUAUUCAAAUAUGAGGCCUAAUUCUUUGAGGAGCUGUUUACUCUCAAUUAUUGAGAAUUGAGGAUGCAUGCCAUCUCACAGGAUUUUUUGAACUGUAUUAGAUUUGUCCUUUGUCUGUGAAAUAUCCUUGGUUGUUAUGCUGAUGGUUGCAAUGUUCGUUACAUAGCCCAGAACAGAUUUGAAACUGAUCUGCUCCAAAAGUGCUGCUCUCCAUUUGCUGUGCAAAGAGCAAUACAGGACUUCUUGCUGUGUCAGUCAGGAUUAAACAAUAAUAAAAUCAGGAAGAAAAAUCCGCAGGGGUACUUUACUAUUAAGUAUAUGUGGCUUAUCAAAAAAUAAUGAAAUCCAGUAGAGUGAAAGCUGUAUAUCAUUAUUAUUUUUUGCACCUUACUA